AUGGAACAACAACGAAAUUGUGUUUUGGUAGAUAAAUUCGCAAUCUUUAUACAAAUCCUUCUGGGUACCAUUGCGUUUUCCACACUUAUCUAUAAGAGACAUAGAGAACGGCCACAGAGGCCGUUAUCUAUAUGGGCUUACGAUGUCAGCAAACAGAUCAUUGGGGCUAUAAUAAUACAUGGCUUAAACAUAGCCGCCUCAUAUAUACCAGGCCUUUCGAAGGAGGGGGUCGACUCAAAUCCUUGUGUAUGGUAUUUUCUUAACAUACUAGUAGAUUGUACAUUAGGUGUUUUCGUGUUGUUCCUUUUGCUUAAGAUGGUACAAGCUCUAGUGAUUUCUGUUGGAAUUCAAGGCAUGAAAAGUGGAGAUUAUGGUCAGCCACCUAAAGUAAAAUGGUGGCUACGACAGACUACUGCUUUCGUUUUUUGUUUGUUUACGAUGAAAAUGGUGGUAGUUGCCAUAUUUCGACUUUGUCCAUUUUUAUUUGAUGUUGGUGAAUGGUUUUUAGGGUGGACUCUACAUGACGUAAAACUUCAAGUGGUAUUCGUGAUGCUGAUUUUUCCCCUAAUUAUGAAUAUCGUACAGUUUUGGAUUGUUGAUCAAGUCAUAAAAAAGAAAUUUGAGGGGAUGAAGAUUGAAGAUGGUGAUCAUUCUAGAGACGAGAAUGAGGUGUUCCUACCGGUAGAUAUUAGCGACGAUGAAAUGAAUUAUGAGAAUUUACCUUCUUACCUAAAGGGUAGUAAU